AUGUCGGUCCUAUUCUUGCGCCUUGCGCGCAGCUAUCAAUCUCCCGCGACGCGUAUUAUACUCUCUCAAUCUCGACCCGUCGCUGUUCUCCCUCGAAACGCACUGCUCUUACGACGCCCCGCAUCGACAGCAACCCGAGAAGCUGGCUCAGUCGUCACUCGACUAAAGAACCUCCUCUAUGGGACAUCCCUCUCCCUUUUCGCCGUCUUCAGCUACCUCUAUAUCACCGAUACCCGAGCUAGUGUACACCAAUGGCUCGUCGUUCCCGCAUUGCGGUGGCUCUUACCUGAUGCCGAGGAUGCACACCAUAUUGGAACUAAAGCUCUGAAGGCAAUGUACUCAUUCGGCAUCCACGCCCGAGAACGAAAUUCCAAGAAUCAAGACUUGAAGGAUGUAGAUUUGGGCAUCACAGUAUUUGGGCAGAGGCUACAGAACCCAAUUGGGACGUCUGCGGGUCUCGAUAAGCUGGCAGAAAUACCAGAUGCGCUUUUCGCAUUAGGACCUGCGAUUGUGGAAGUGGGAGGAGCAACACCAUUCCCGCAAGACGGUAAUCCUAAGCCGCGAGUGUUUAGGCUGCCUAGCCAAAAAUCUCUGAUCAAUCGAUACGGACUGAACUCUCUAGGCGCGGAGGACAUGGCUAUGCGAUUAAGGGAACGUGUACGGCUUUUCGCAUAUCAUAAUGGCUACGGCAUUGGCAAAGAUGCCGAGGAAUUUGUUCUCAAUGGUGGAGCGGGAGUUCCAGCCGGAAGCUUGGUGGAGGGGAAACUGUUGGCUGUGCAAGUCGCCAAGAACAAGCUUACGAAAGAUGAGGACAUCGAGGCUGUGAAGAACGAUUAUGUCUACUGUGUGGAAAAGUUGGCACCUUAUGCAGAUAUAUUGGUGGUAAAUGUCAGCAGCCCAAACACCCCAGGUUUGCGAACGUUGCAAAAGGUAGAGCCUCUAACUAGAAUACUGGAGGGUGUGGUUGCUGCAGCAAGAUCUGUAGACAGGAAGACAAAACCUCGGGUGAUGGUCAAAGUCUCACCUGAUGAAGACCAAGAUGAACAGCUCGAGGGAAUUGUGGAGGCUAUUUGGAGAAGCGGGGUCGACGGAGUUAUAGUUGGAAAUACGACGAAAAGAAGACAAAAUCUCAUCCCUAACCAUGUUGACUUGCCAGCCAAGGAAAGGCUAAUACUGGACGAGCAAGGUGGAUUUUCAGGCCCGCAGAUGUUUGAGAGAACUUUGGGACUGGUGAAGAGAUAUAAACGUCUUUUAGACCAAGGACCACCUCCACCCCAUGAGAAGGAACCGGCGAAAUCACCUAAGCUGGUUGGGGGUGCCGAAACUAGGGAUGAACCUACAGUGAAAGAGUCCCUCACAGGAUCAACGGCGGCCGGUGUUGGUCUGGGGAAACACGAACAAAAAGUCAUAUUCGCUACAGGUGGCAUCACAAACGGGAAGCAGGCGCUUGAGAUUUUGAAUGCUGGAGCUAGUGUGGCACAGAUAUACACUGCAUUGGUAUAUGGGGGUGUCGGUACAGUUUCAAGGAUCAAAAAAGAGAUGAAGAAUGAAGUUCUGGGCAAACCUUAG